CUUGGGCUACACCAAUAACAACACACGAAUGUAAGCAAUGCAAAAACUUGGCCUAGCUUGUCCGCUGGGAUUCCUUGCCAGCAAACCGCAGCGGCAUAAAACAAAUAUUUUAAAUUUAAACUACGACUGCUUCGUGGCGAUAUUUUCAUAUCUUACUGCGCUCGAGGACAAGUUAAAUUUGGCCAGAGCGCACCCGCAGUUUCGCGAAGUGUUGACGCGGGAGGCACCGCGUCGCUAUGCCAAAAUAAAUAUGCGAUUGCUUCGAUGCAUUUCCGAUUGGGAUUUUCUAUUAAAGUUGUGUGGCGAUUGUGUUGUCGAGUGUGAGCUACGCCAUGGACGGUGGGACGAUAAUAUCACUCAACCGUUUCUGACACUUUUGAAUGCAUACUGCAAAAAUUUGCGGCAUUUGCACCUGAUAUUCGCGCACUCCAAUAUAAAGCCGCCGGCAGAGAGCGGAGAUCUUAACAUAUUGCAAAUGAUUCAAAGAAAAGAUCUGCAAAGCGUGAGCCUAAUCGAUGCAAAGGCUGCUGAAGUGCUGCAGCUGCGAAACUUUACCGAACUGGAAGCGCUGCAUAUUGAUGGCUUUGAUGUUGAUUUGACUGAUGCGAAUUUCAUUGAGCUGUUCCAGGCGCUGUCACAGUUGCGCAGGCUUUCGCUGCGAUUCGCUUGGAGGCGACAGCUGCCGCCCUUGGCCGACUAUUGCCCCCAGCUGGAGCAUUUGUCGCUGGAGAACUUCGAAGGCACGCUAGACGACGUGGGCGAUUUUCCGCGACUUAAGUCGUUGCGUCUGCUUUGGCGCUUGUCCGUACACUUGAAUAGUCAGCUCUUUCGAUCGUUGGCCAAACGCUAUGGGGAUCGUUUGGAGCAGCUGCAGCUGACCAAAGUGAAUCCAGAGCACGUGGAGCACAUAAUAUCGUUGCAAAGUCUGAAGGCACUCGCCUGUCACAUGUGGCCCAGCGAAACGCUGAAGCACUUAGGGAAAUUGCAGCAACUCGAGUGUCUGGGCCUGCAGUGCAGUGAACCUAUAGCUAGCAUAAUGCAGCUGCUGGACGUAAUUAGCAACUGCUCGAAACUGCAGCACUUGAAGCUAAGCAAGCACUGGCAGGAACAGGAGCUGGACCGCUUUCUAUACGCCGUACAGGAGGAGCUGCGCAAACAGGCAGCAAACGGAAGGCGUGAGAAACUUAUGCUAACGCUGGAGCUGCCAGCAUCAACAGCGGCUCAGAACCAGUUAAAGCAAAAUUUAAACUCGCAAUUGUUACAAUUGGACUGGCUGGGCGUUGCAUGCCCUCUGUGUAUGCCAGAUCGACACACGAAGCAAUCUAUUCCAGGAUUAAUUUGGUUCUGAACUCACCUCGCAAUUAGUCUGUUCAAUGGCAACGAAUGAAGAACUAUUUUAAAUCGAGUCGGGAGUGAUCGACUAGGAGAUACCCUAAACCAAGCGAUGCCUUUAAAAAGAAUUCAAGCCUUAUAUCAGAAACAGAAGCAAGCACGGACGCCGGGGCAAGCUAACGAGGAUUAAAAAAAAUCACAUCUGGGUCAAUAACGGGAUUAAGAUAUAGAGUAUAUAGCUUUGUGCCCUUCCUUCCACCUGUCAAAUUGAUAAGCUUUAAUCUCUUAUACCUGAAGGAGAUCUUUAAUAUGGUUUCCCUCAGGUAUAGCCGACUAAGAGAUCCAUUGAAAAACUACAUAGAUAAAUUGUAUUCGAAUCAAUAUAAAAUUGAAUUAGCUUGUUUAUUUUAAUGAAUAUUGUAUUUGAUUGUGACACCUUCCCCUGGAUUCACAAUUUAUUAUACCAAAAAGCCAAAGCGGAAAUGAAUCCUCUAUCAUUUCAUAAUUGGUUUUAAAAUGUCAAGCUUUAUUAAAUACAUAUCUAUUUAAAAGAAUAAACAAAAUUGAAGUCAAAACGUUAGAUUUAGCAAGCGCAGUUUUCAUUGAACUCAAGAAAAUUGUUUUUUGUAUUAAAAUUGUGAUAGAUAGUAACACAUUUGUAUUUUUCAACCUCACUUUUGUAAAUUGUAAAGUAACAAAGUAUUUAUAUAAUUAAUAAGCAGCUCUCGUAAGUGGGGAGGUUCAAUUUGUGUGCCAAGAUAAUUUGACUUAUUAAGUGCAUGCACAGAAAUUCCAAAGAUAUUAAACUGUUCAAAUAUUUAUUGAAAUAAAUAUAUAUAUAUAUGUAUGUGUGGUAACCAUUAUCAGUAAACAUA